UUGCUGACACAUUCGAUGCAAAGUAAUGACUCGGUCUAUCGGAUCCUCGGCGGUUAUUUCGCGGCGGCGACGCCGAGUGCACGGUUCAUUGGCGAGGACAAGUUUUUUUCCGAAGAAAUAUUGCGAACUUGUUUCCCGAGCGACGGAUAUCCACGGGCCAUCGAAUGGAAACGGCUCUAUCCAGAAGGGUGCUUCAGUAACUUGCAAACAUUUACCAGGAGAUCACGAACAAUGAGCACCGAAUACAAGAUCGCGGCCUCUAAGUUGGAAAAUUUGCCGACAAUAGACGGCCAGUGUUGCGUGAAUUUGAGAGCGCUGAGGAAUGCACCGACGACUUCAAUGACGUAUCCGAAGUGCUGUAGAGCUGCCAGCGAUCGUGCUCGUGGGACACUUUUCAAAUCUCGCAAAUUGGUAUUCUUGAGCGAAACUUUGCUUACAAUGUUCGUUCUGUGCUUCGCUGCUUCCAUAAUUUACGUGAUCGUCGCACUAGGCUACUUCCGCCAACCAGAACAAAUCCAGUUGGCACCAUCGACGAGCAACGACACCAAACACAGUGAACCGGAAGACCCGGACUGGCAGGCGCUGUACCAGCUGUUCUACCAGGAGGACCUCCAGGCUCUGACUCCGCAGCUGAAGAAGCUGUUCACGGUAGACGGGAACCGUUUGAAGCGGGAAACGCAGGAGCCGUGCAAGGAGGACCUGGAAAACUGCAAGACCGUGAUGGAAUCUAUGAAGCAAAUCGUGAACAUCGUGAACAACAACAUGGCCCACCUGCAGGGUAUGCUGACGGCGAAAGGCGGCGACUCGAAGUCGCAGCUGUUCAAGCUGGUGAAGUGUUUGCAGUGCAAGAACGACUCGAUCACGUUCAUCGACGAGUCCGGCCCCGAGACGGACCCGGACGACCAUCGAGACGACUACCAUUAUCAAUCGGACCAGGCCCAGAUGGAGCACAACGUGGACGUCGUGACCAGUUUGCUGAACGACCAUAGCUCCAGCACCGAUCGCAUAAAUCAGACAGUCGCUAGGCCAUCCGCCGCCUCGAUCUUCGACGUGGGCGACGACGCUCGCAGCGGUCGUCGGACGGCUGCGAAGCCGCUGCUGGGUCCAACGACCGUCGUAAUUCAGGCAUUGCCGACGGCCGCGGAUGCGGAGGUGGUUCGCGAGACUGUGACAAAGCUGGAUAGAAUUAGGAAGGACGAGACGCCGGUUCAAGCGAACGGAAUCGAUGAUGUGGAGCAGACCGUGGCUGCACGGAACGUGACCGGCGAGCCAGACGACGGUCGCGUGACGGAAAUCGAGAACGAGCCGGUGCAUCCUUCGGUGCAUCCUUCGGACCAAGGCCACGCGGAACUGAACGCCGGGGAGGAAGCUGCAAACGCCCGAAAAAGUCAGACACCCUCGCCAGACACCCGAAGACCGUCGAAGGGCAGGAUCAUCGCCAUCGAUGAUUAUCAAAGCAAAGGUUUCGCAAACUUUCACACGUCGGAGACAAUGAAAUCGACGCAGCAGCUGCAAUUAUUGCCGACGAUGUCAUGGAUGCCGUAUCAAGUCUGCUUCUACGGGCCGCCAGCGAACGGUGGGCCUGGGAAACAGUUCCCACCAACUCAGAUGAUGUACCCACCGACGCCCCCAACUGCUCCAUAUUCGAUGCCAGUGAUCCAGCAACGAAUGGGACCACAGAAUUCUGGCCAGGCGCCGAAUUUCGUGCAAGUGCACGCGCAAUCGGUGCAAUUUAUGCAGCCUGGCGCUGGGAAUCAGAGAGUGGGGCCGACUGGGCCUGCGGGGCCCAAUUUCCCGAUGUUCCCAGGCCAGAUGCAGCCCAGUGCUACAGCCAGAGGAAACGAGAAGGCUCCUUAUUACUGCACUUACAUUCCUGCGCCGACUUUCCAGUUCCCUGCCAUUCCUGGUGUCUCGGAGUAUCAGAGGUCUUCCGAUGGUUUCAAGGAGGAUAGGAUGGAAGGGGAUAGUGUGGAGAAUGAGAUUGACCGUCGCAAGUCAUCGAUGCGUGAUCACAAGACAAUUUGUCCAUUUAAUACUUUACGAUGCAACGACGGGAAGAGAUGCAUUUUGAGAUCAGAAUGGUGCGACGGACAAGUGGACUGCAACGAUGCAAGCGACGAGACAUCCUGCUCUUGCAGGGAUCGGAUUUCGAAGGAGAGAUUAUGCGAUGGGUACUUCGAUUGUCCGCAUGGAGAGGACGAAUUGGGAUGCUUGGGUUGCUCGAAAACAUUGUUUAGUUGCAACGACUGGCGAUCACGAUUCAGUCGUGAUAAUUGCGUUCCUCUUUCUCAGCGCUGCGACGGUAUUAAACAAUGCCCGAAUGGAAAAGACGAAGUGGACUGUAACAUACUCACACCCUCAUUCACAGAAGGAAAAAGCCUGUUCACAAUUGGGUAUACCGAAGGAUAUCUCCAUAAGAACUACAUGGGCCAGUGGUACCCUGUCUGCUCACCGACGAAUUUGUGGACGAAGGAUGCUUGCAAUUCUGAGAUCGGAUCGGAACUAGACGAAGCGCCAAAGAUAUAUAUGCAAACGGUACCAGCGAACGUCUACCAGGGCCUAUACGUCGCAGAAAUGGGCAACGAAACGAAGCUGAUUCCAUCGUGCUUGAACAGCGCGACGUAUGUGCGUUGUCCUCGGUUCCCUUGUGGUACCAGGGUAUCCACGACUCAGGAUCUACUGCUGCCCGAUAUCCUGGCAAACGGGCGAACUGGCGAACAGGAUAAUGUUGAUGACAUACUGGGUUCGGCGCGUGUUGUAGGCGGACGAGCGAGCAACCCGAACGCGUGGCCAUUUUUGGUGGCCAUUUACAAAAAUGGCCACUUUUACUGCGGCGGGGUCAUUUUGAGCGAACUGUGGGUCCUCACCGCUGCUCAUUGCCUCGACGAGUAUACUGGGCAUUAUUUCGAGAUCCAAGCAGGCUUGCUGCGUCAAUUCUCGUUCUCCCCAAUGGCACAGACGAGGAAAGCAAGAUACACCAUUAUUCACCCACACUUUAUCAAGCAGGAUUUGAACAACGAUAUUGCAAUGAUCAAGCUGGACGAUCCUCUGAGAUUCAACCGAUGGGUACGACCUGUCUGUUUGCCGGACGUGGACCUUUUGGGUGCUAUGUGGAGGCAGAAACCGGAUGUGAACACUACCUGCAUUGCGAUCGGUUGGGGAGCUAUCAAGGAAAAUGGACCGGAUCCGGAUCAAUUGAGGGAAGUUGAGGUGCCAAUACUGAAGAACUGCAAGUAUGAAAUUGACCAGCAUGAAAAUGUGAUUUGUGCUGGUUAUCCUGAGGGAGGCCGUGAUGCCUGUCAAGGGGACAGUGGAGGUCCCUUGAUGUGCAAAAAUCCGUACUCAGAAUCGCAGUGGUAUGUCGCAGGCAUAAUCAGUCACGGUGAAGGCUGUGCACGUCCAUUUGAACCGGGUGUUUACACCAGAGUCAGCUACUUCCGGGAAUGGAUCCGAGAGAUUUCCAACGACGAAGGCCUGCCGCCUCUUAGGCGAUCGCCUCUAACAAAGUGUCCAGGGUUCAGCUGUAAGGGGGGUCUAGGGAGAUGUUUGCCAAUAGAAAUGCGUUGCAACGGUAUGGUGGAUUGUUUAGACGGCGAGGACGAACUCCACUGUCUCAAGACACAGAAUUAUCCGCCGAAAAGAAAGAUGAACGAUCCUGGCAGAGUUAUGGAAAAUGUGAAGCCUCUGGAAAACACUUCUACCACCUCUGAGAGCACUCUAACCAACGAUUCUCAAGUUACCGGCGCGAUCAGCGAAUCGACAUCCAUCGACGUCGAACAGAUAACGACAAGGACAUCAACAGCUAUCGUCUCUGAACCGUCAGCGUCGACGACAGAAUAUUUUAAUUAUAUCAGCACCGAGGCGUCGACAAUACUACCAAAACCUCCAAUUGUUUUUAUGUGCUCCAAGAUGUUGCAAACCAUUCCUAUGAGCAAAAGAUGCGACAAAGUUGUGGACUGUGAAGACGGUACAGACGAGCUGAAUUGCACCUGCAGGGAUUUCUUGUUCAACGUGAAACCGACCUCCGUGUGCGACGGAUACAUCGAUUGCGACGAUGAAACCGAUGAGAAGAAUUGUGAGAUUUGCGCGAAAGACGAAUUCUACUGCAGAGAAACCAAAACCUGCAUCAGCUCUGCUAAACACUGCGACGGAGUGUCCGAUUGUGGAUUCACGGAGGACGAGAGAUACUGCUUCACAUUGUCUAAUGGACAGCACGUGCAUUUGGACGCGGCCGAGCGGCCAUCUUUGAGGAUGCAAGGGAUUCUAACCCGGUAUGUUAAUGGGAAAUGGAGGCCUACGUGCCACUUUCCUAAAAUGCAUCAGAAUAAAUCCACGAUCGAGGUCAUCGGCCAGAAGAUGUGCCAUUACUUCGGGUUCGCUUAUCUGGAGUCAUCGGAGCCAGUCAGCGUGAGGGAUUCCGAGCUGGAAACGAUACGCUGGAGCAAGAAGAACCCUGCUUUCCAAGCGAGUCUAUCAGCGGCCUCUCUGAGCGACGGGGACAAAACCUGUCCCGGGAUUAAAAUCCGCUGCAGACCGGUUCUGAACUCCAGCGAGAACGCGCACCUGAUCGUCGAUGCGGGAACCGGAAGUCGUGACUACCUGUGGCCGUGGAUCGCCGCCAUCUUUGUCGACGGAAGCUACCGUUGCUCAGCUACCUUAUUGGACGAGAACUGGCUGUUAUCCGCCUCGAAAUGCGCCGAAAACGUUAGGUUAGAUACGAACUACACGACAGCAGUGCUCGGUUAUGGCCCAUUAUUCCGCUACGUGGACGGUCCUCAUCAACAGAUAUCGAUUAUCGACGAGGUGCAGCACGUGAACGAUUCGGUGUCGAUCUUACUACAUUUGAAACAUCCCGUCAAUUUCACUCGUUACGUUCGACCACUGUUUCUCGAGAAAACGAUAUACCUGCCUGGAUCGAAUGAUUUUUGUGUGGCAGUCGGAACAGACGAGAACUACGAGACAAAGUCGAUUCGUCUGCGACCGGUGCUGAAGAACUGUCAGAAUUGUCAGCGAUGCUUCGUUAAUGCGUCCAUCACCGAAUGCUCGGAAAAUGAAAAGUCUGAGUGGAGUGGAACGAUAUUCUGCCAUGGGAAGAAGGGAUGGUACCCGGCCGCAGCCUUCGAAGACGAAAAUGGCCCCUGCGACUUCCAGGAUACGCAAACAUUAACGAGCAUCGAUCACAUAAAUCUCUACCUGACGGAAGCUUUGGAUAAGGAUAGGUUGUCGAUCGAACCAUCUUGCGACGGUUUCCGGUGCCACAUUGGCCAGUGCAUUUCUGAAAGUCGAGUCUGCGAUGGCAUUCCGGAUUGCCGGGAUCAAACUGACGAAGAUCCAGAAUAUUGCAGACAAAUUCGUGAACAUUGUGAUAACGAUGUACAAGGUUGCAACUGCUUGAAGUCCGAGCUGCGCUGCAGAAACGGCAAAUGCGUUGACAAAAGUGCAUUCUGCGAUGGAAUCAGCGACUGCAACGACGCAUCGGACGAGCCCGACAUUUGUACCUGCGCGGAGUACCUGAGAUUAACGAGACCUGAAAGACUGUGCGACGGCGUUCGCCAUUGUCUGGACAAAACCGACGAAUCACCGGAAAUAUGCAACUGCACUGCCAAUGCCUUCCAGUGUUUCACAUCAAGUGGCAGCAACACCUGCAUCCCUCAGGACUUCAUCUGCGACGGGGAUGCAGAUUGUAUCAACGGCGAUGAUGAGUCAGAGUGUAGAAGACUUUCAACUUCGCCAACCAACAGCGCCGAUUCUGGCGAAAUAAUUCGUCGAAGUUACGGUCUAUGGCACACGGAAUGUUUCCCAAAACCAAUCACGUCCGACGACAAGGCUAACGAACUAUGCCAAAGCUUAGGGUACUCUCGUGGAGCCAUCGGAAACGACACCAUGAUCACAACCGAAAAACCCAUGAUCCUUGAACCAGACAACUUCUACAUGGUGAAACUGAACCAUUUCACGUGGAUGACACUGAGGGACGACAAACCGAUGGCCAGAUUGGUCGAAGCUGACCAAAAUUGCCAUCGCGCGUUCAUUACCUGUGCUUAAUUUAACUAAAUUAAUUAUAAUCGCGAAUGAAUCUCUAAUUUAUUUGAUCUAUCAUAUUUACGAUAAGUUCAGCACUAUUUAUUGAACACUAAAAUUGUAUGGUGGAUAUAAAAUAGAAUAUAAAUAUCCCCUGGAAAGCAUUUUCGUUCAUCUUGGGUCCAUUCAUAGAAUUUUGCCAUAGAAUUUUAUGUCGUUAAUCAGCCAGUCUUAUGCGUUGCAUGAAAACAUAUGUGUCCUGGAUAUGACGAACGUUAAACUCUAACACUGAACCAUUUCAUCACGCUUCGAACCAAGAAACAUGUGAUCUCUAGAUAACAUUAUUAUAAAUUCAUUGACUAUACAGGGUGGGGCAUUUGAAACGAGACACCUGAAUAACUCGCUUGUUUUUGAAGAUAGAAAAAAAGUGUUAAACGAAAAUUAUUUGAUUUCAAGGUGCACAUUGUAUGACGUCAAUUACUUUUUUAUAGGUGGAGGCAUAGAGGACAUGUGAAGGUCAUACUUAUUUUUAUAAAUAAUAUAAAUAAAUAUAUAAAUAAUAUAAUAAAAUAAUAUAAAUAGAACGACCAAAUUUUUCAUUCACAUUCUGAUAAAGCCUUUUAAGACGAAUACAAUGAUCUAUAAAUGAAGGUCAUUCAAGGUCACAACAUAUGAACUGCAAUGAAAAAUAAAUUUUUCCAGGAGACUUUUCAAAUAUCUUGAGCAUUUGUUGUGCUACGUUGAAUCACAUUUCACUGGUACCUGUAUCUACGGAUCCUAUUACUAGUUUGUCCUUCGACUUAAGUUAUUUGAAAAGUGUUUAGGAAGUAAAAAUUUUAAAAAUUUUUAAAAGAAUUUUACAAAUUAUCCAUACGUUUUUCAUUGCAGUUCAUACGUUGUGAUCUUGAAUGAUCUUUAUUUAUAGGUUAUCGCAUUCGUCUUGAAAGGCUCUUUCAGAAUGUGAACAAAAAAUUAGGUCAUCCCGAUUAAAAAAACAAGUGUGACCUUCACAUGUCCUCUACGGCUUCACCUAUAAAAAGCUUAUUGACAUCAUAUAAUGUGCCCCUCGAAAUCAAACAAUUCUUGUUUGACACGUUUUUUGCAAUGAUCAAAAACAAGCGAGUUGUUCAGGUAUCUAGUUUCAAAUGCCCCAUCCUGUAUAGGUCUAUUUACUAUGAUCGAUACUGCUUUGCAUUCAUGUCAGUUAAAUCAUUUAAUAUACACAAUGUAACCUUCCAAUAUACAAAGUCAUCAUUGUAACAAGUACAUAUAUAGGUGACAUUAUUUAUUAUAUCAAUACCAUGGCAUGUGCCAGCAACCUCGAAAACUGCAUAAAAUUAAAGUACUUUAUUUAAUCUAAUUAACCCAACAAGGACGACGCGAAUGUUAAAUCGUUAAAUAUUAUCGUUUAAUAUAUUCUUUCAUCGUUAAUUAUUUCUCCCUUUCUUAGCUUUCUAUUCUUUACGCACGGCAAUGUAUCCGGGGAAUCUUUACACAAUCUGUGCCAUUUGUUUCAAGUAUUUUAUUAAAAUAUAUAUUGUAUAAAAAUUA